UCUCAGGGUGUCAUUCUGGCAGUUCGCUGUGCCAUGGACGUUCGUACGCGUCCAAUCCAUGAAGGCGUCCAACAAAGUUCGAAAAUAACUUGACCCGCUCCUGGAAACUUCGAGCACUUGCAAACUCAAUUGACCGUGGCGUGACAGGACUAUAAACAGGGCGUACCCUCUUGCAUGAAUUAUUAACCAAUAUGGCCCUCAAUAAACAACAAUACGAAGCACUACCCGGGAAAGACGGUGGAGAACGUGUUAUGGCGAGUGAAGGGAAACCAGUUGUCAGCCAGCCGGCCAAACUCUCGGCCACAGAGGAGUAUGUACUCAACCUAGAUCCAGCCACAGUAUCCGGCUGGUCGGCAGAGGAGGUUAACCAACAGUUUCUUGAGCGUGCUGGAUUGGGUUAUAUGGCAGAACAGUUUUAUGCAAACAAGAUCAAUGGUAAAUGCCUCAUGCUUUUGAACGAGGGUCACCUUCAUGAACUUGGGAUAACAUGUCUUGGAGACAGAAUUUAUCUGACAGAGCUAAUUGGAUUGUUAAAGAAGAAAAAGAGAGAAGCUGAACUCAGUGCCGCCAAGUGGUCUGGAAUGACGCCUGCUCCUGGCAUUGCUUACAAAGAAGACUGCGGAGAAUGCUGCGUGGCAUACUUCUGCCCAUGCUGCUUAGCAAAGACCUACUGGCGUGUGACAGGGCAAGGCGUGUUUUACAAGCGAGAACCACCCUGUGGAUUGUGGAUGGAGGUUCGAACGGAGUACAUGGAUUAUAGGUUCUUCAAGGAUCUGGAAUUGAAGACAACUCGCAAAUGCUUGUGCUGCUGUACAGCCACAGAGCUGGAGAUGUAUGUUGACGACCAUGAUGCUAGUGGUGCCCAGAAGGAGGGGGAGCCUCCUAACCCAGGUGCAUUCCAUCCUCAUGUGCUGCGUCAUCCUGAAGCACCUCAAGUCGAACAGAUAAUCAGAAAUUCCUGGAACAAAGUCAGAUUAGUUGCAGAGUAGAUACUUUGCAUCAAUGAUUGAUAAAUUGGUGUAAGGUUUACCCUGCUGGGUCCCCUUAAUUGAUUUCAUGGAAUAUAUGUUUUAUAGUCUGAAGUAGGUAAAUUUAUUAGGCUUUAGUAAAGAAGUCAUACCCAAUUUAGUUUUUGUACUUAACAUUUAUUUUACUUUGAAUCCAUAGUGUCAUCAAUUCAGUGUGACAUUUAGAAUAUUGGACUUGGGUUUGAUCCGCACCCAGGGUCAUUGUGUUUUGUUCUUGAUCUUUCUCCACUCAGUUCAUAUCUAAUGGGUUUAUCUGCACAAUAAACUGUGUUAAACCUUGGCACUGAUUAUUACUCCUCCAGCUCGUUUGUACCGCAAAAGACCUGAAGUAACCUUUUCUAAAUAAUGUUGCUAAUUUAGAGAGGUGCUAUUACAAAUUCUUUGGUUUCCUUUGUGUGGCUUGGUAAGGAGUAAGGUCAUACAUAGACUUGUAAAUGGCAGCUGUUGGGGCGACUUUUAGUUCAACUUCAUAUACUGUUAUAGUCUCUUUUACGCCUAGCGAACAAUUAUGUAGAUCAGAGUCUGUCAAUUAUCAUCAUAUCUUCUUGAUUAAAUGCCAAAUGGAUGGCAAGUGAAUGUUGGACAUGUUUACGUUUCAAACUUACCCGUGCAAACCCUGCAUUUUGUUGUAACCUGGCAUUUAUUUGGGGUGUGGUAUUGAAUCAAGAAGAUGUGGUAGAGACAUAUUGGUUUACUUCAUUUUGUGCUGAGAAAUGGAGAAUGCAUAAGUUAGCUAAAACUUUGAUUCACAUGCCAGUGACGAUAGAAAUGUAAUCAGGGGCACAUGUGCUAUACGUGUAUUGGCUUGUGGUGUGGGUUGAUAUUUUUCAAGUUGCACAUAGAUUGGAUUAAUACCUGGUUUUGACAAGAGAGGCAUGUGAAAAUAAGCAAAACUUUUCUUUGGAAAUUGAAUUAUUUUUGACUACAAAUAGCAAUGGCUACCUAUGGAAUUUUCCCUUCAUUUGUUUCGUGAACCACAGUACCAAAUAAUGCAAUCUACUAGUUCUCCCAUGCUUGAGAGACUGACACAAAUGUCAUUAAUCCAAUCGGAAUUUGAGCCUCUGAAUCAAGACUUAUCUUGAAUAUCGAUCUCUUCAUUUUGAAGGGCAGAAGUUUGGAGCAAAGAAUGAAAUCAAAUCUCCAUAAAUGAAUUCAUUAUUUUAUUAUUGGGUAGAAUGUUGGACUGGUUUUGACAGGAAGCCCUUUCAAGCUUAAAUUUAGGAUGACAGGAAUGUUACUGGAUUUGAUUUGGUCCCUUUACUCUUAUAUUUAAUGUUUGUACUGUAUGAAGUGAUGUAUCUUUUUUCCUGCUUCUGAAGUCUUUUGUUAGAACAACUAUGAUCAGAAAGGAGUUCUAUAAUGAUUGGCAAAAAACAUCUGUCAAAAAUGGUUUUAUUUUUUGUUGUAUAUCUCUUUAGUACACAGAAUUUGCCACAACAGAGUAUUAAAGUUCAGAAGUGUCUUACUGGGCUCAGACAUCGGUAAGGGGGCACACUGAGAGGAAAAACAAAACAAAACAAAACAGUGAGAGUCCCUCGUAUGAAUCUGGAAAA